UCAGCUUGUGCACACACACACUCACACUACUGACGAAUAGAGACCAGGAGAACUCACCUCCUGGUGGUUUAGCAGUUUUAAAAGUUUUAUUAUUAUUAAAAAUAAUAACUCAGACUAAAUUGGGAGGAGGAGACACGGCAGAGGCAUGUGUUUAAAGGGUUUAAAAGCUCACUGUUUCAGACUUUUAAUGAGAAUGCCUCUCACAUCCUGACCAAACAACAAGAAGAAGGAAAAAAAACUAAUAAAACAAGGAAUUAGCAGAUUUAUUACAAAACAAGAACCUGCACAAGGAGAUCAAACAAGACAGAUUAUCAAUGAAUGAAAAAAUGUGUCUUUAUGUAGAAGGUGUGAGCACGACGGUGCCGCCGGACAGGUCCAUGGCUCAGUUUCAGGAAAUAAUGCGUCAGCAGCUGGAGAGCUCCAUGCACACUGAGCUGGAGAAGCUGACGAGCACGGCUAAGGGAGCAAACAUCGAGAUCUGUAAGAAGGAUUUUGAUGGCUUCAGGAAGCUCUUCCACAGGUUCCUGCAGGUGAAAGGACCUUCAGUGGAGUGGCCCAAAAUCAACAGACCUCCAGAAGACUCGAUUCAGCCGUAUGAGAAGAUCAGGGAGAAGGGUUUACCUGAGAACGUGGCAAACAGCUUAAACAAGCUGGUGGUGGUGAAGCUGAAUGGAGGCCUGGGCACCAGCAUGGGCUGCAAGGGGCCGAAAAGCCUCAUCAGCGUCCGCAACGAGAACACCUUCCUGGACCUCACGGUGCAGCAGAUUGAGCACUUGAACAAGACGUACAACACGGACGUCCCGCUGGUCCUGAUGAACUCGUUCAACACCGAUGAGGACACCAAGAAGAUCCUGCAGAAAUACACGCACCACCGCGUCAAGAUCCACACCUUCAACCAGAGCAGGUAUCCCAGGAUCAAUAAAGAGUCUCUGCUGCCCGUAGCGAAGGACGUCGGCAUGGUGGGGGAGAGCGCGGAGGGAUGGUACCCGCCCGGACACGGAGACAUCUACGCCAGCUUCUAUAACUCGGGCCUGCUGGAGCAGCUCAUCGCCGAGGGCAAGGAGUACAUCUUUGUGUCCAACAUUGACAACCUGGGUGCCACCGUCGACCUGCACAUCCUCAACCACCUGGUGAGCCAACCCAACGGAAAACGCUGCGAGUUCGUCAUGGAGGUCACGGACAAGACCAGAGCCGACGUCAAGGGAGGAACUCUGAUUCAGUACGACGGGAAACUGAGGUUACUCGAGAUUGCUCAGGUGCCCAAAGCUCAUGUUGACGAGUUCAAGUCCGUCUCUAAGUUCAAGAUCUUCAACACCAACAACCUGUGGAUUUCGCUGGCGGCCAUCAAGAGACUGCAGCAGCAGAACGCCAUGGACAUGGAGAUCAUCGUGAAUCCGAAGACUCUGAACGGUGGCCUAAACGUGAUCCAGCUGGAGACGGCCGUAGGCGCCGCAAUCAAGUGCUUCGAGCACGCUCUGGGUAUUAAUGUUCCUCGUAGCCGCUUCCUGCCGGUCAAAACCACCUCCGACCUCCUUUUGGUCAUGUCCAACCUGUACAGCCUGGAGGCGGGAUCUCUGACCAUGAGCGAGAAGAGGGAGUUCCCCACAACGCCACACGUCAAACUGGGCAGCUCCUUCACCAAGGUCCAGGAGUAUCUGACACGCUUCGAGAGUAUUCCUGACAUGCUGGAGCUGGAUCACCUGACCGUAUCCGGAGACGUGACGUUUGGGAAAAAUGUCUCUCUGAAGGGAACCGUGAUCAUCAUAGCCAAUCACGGAGACCGAAUCGACAUCCCGGCCGGCUCCAUGCUGGAAAAUAAAAUCGUUUCCGGAAACCUGCGCAUCCUGGACCACUGAAGGUUCUGGUGUCACGCAAUCACAUGACAUGACCUCACCUCACCUCACCUGCCUGUCCUGCCUCAUGACAGAGAAAGACGGUGCUUUAACACACUCCAUAAGUCUCGUAGACUUACUUUUUGUAUCGCUCUGUCUCUUUUAAAAGUCUGUUUUAUUCUUUCGUACAUUCCGAUCUUGUCAGUAUCAUAUCAUAUGGUGUCAUGUUACUGUACAGUAGAAGUGGAGCUCGAGCUCAUCGCCUAGUCCUUUUGUUUGAGAGAGAGAGAUCAGUAUUGUCUCUUCGCUACCGGCGGUGACAUGGGAGACUGUACCCCAAAUCCCAUUCGUGUAAUCAUGUAAUAAAAUGUACUCGUGUAAAAAAAUGUGGAAAAAAAAAGAGAAAAGCAAUAAAGCUUUCAAACAUGGUGAACGGUUCCAGGAGCUGCACCGAGUUCAGGAACAAAAUAAAGUGCAAUAUGGAACAAAGA